AUGGGACCCAGAAAUCACACAGAUGUUCCAGAAUUCCUCCUACUGGGAUUGACAGAUGAUCCAGAACUACAGCCUCUCCUCUUCUGCCUGUUCCUGUCAAUGUACCUGGUCACCAUCCUGGGAAACCUGUUCAUCUUCCUGGCUGUCAUCUCUGACUCCAACCUCCACACUCCCAUGUACUUUUUUCUCUCCAAUCUAUCCUUUACUGACAUCUGUAUAAGCACAAUUACAAUCCCAAAGGUGCUGCUGAACAUACAAGCACAGAAUCAGGGCAUCACUUAUAUAGGCUGCCUCACCCAGAUUGGCUUUGUCCUGGGGUUUGGUGGAUUUGAAAAUUUUCUCCUUGCAGCAAUGGCCUAUGACCGCUAUGUAGCCAUUUGUCACCCUUUGAGGUACACAGUUAUCAUGAACCCGCAACUCUGUGCCCUACUGAUUCUUCUCUCUCUGUUCCUUAGCAUUACAGUUGCCUUGCUCCACAGCCUGAUGGUGUUACACCUGUCCUUCUGCAAGGACCUGGAAAUUCCUCACUUCUUCUGUGAACUUGCUCAGGUCCUCAAGCUUGCCUGUUCUGAUAUACUCAUCAAUAACAUCCUGGUAUAUUUUGUGGGUAGUCUAUUUGGGGGUGUUCCUCUCUCUGGGAUCAUUUUGUCUUAUACUCAAAUUGUCUCCUCUGUUUUGAGAAUGCCAUCAGCAGGGGGAAAGCUUAAAGCUUUUUCUACCUGUGGAUCUCAUCUUUCAGUUGUUUCCUUGUUCUAUGGGACCGUUUUUGGGGUGUACAUUAGUUCUGCAGUUACUGACUCUUCCAGGAUGACUGCAGUGGCUUCAAUGAUGUACAUUGUGGUUCCUCAAAUGCUGAACCCCUUCAUCUACAGCCUGAGGAACAGGGACAUAAAGGGAGCCUUGAGGAAACUCAUCAAGGGGAUAGCUUCUUUUCCGAUAUUAUGCCAUCUACUUUGGGCUAGGGCUUCUAGAGUAAAGCAACAUGAUAGGAAUCCUGGAUGA